UGUUAUUUCCGAACUGCAGAGACCCCAUUCUUCUCCAUAUUCCAGUUUAACUCAAGUGCAUUUGAAUUUGAGAGCUUAAUUAUCUCACGUUUCGUGUGAAGACUGGCUAGUUAUAAGACUAAAUCAAAAUGGAAAGCAUUGAAAGUUGCACUGUCCAACAUGGCGUCUGUGUAUGACAGUAGUCGUUUGUCAAAAUUCUCUCUGGCUGAUUGGUUGAUUUUUUUGCCUUUGUGAAGCUUAGCGUUGGCCUGGGUGGUACUGUUGAUUUGCUGUGCAAAAAGCUCAGUAUCGAGGUAGCGUUACCAGGGUCUUACACGGAAAUCAACAAGAUUGGAGCACCAGCAUUGAUUUGUGGAAAACAUUCUCUGAUAAUAACAAUAAUAAUAAUUAAACUAUGGCAGCAAUGCGCCGACCGAGGUACUCUCUGUUUUGGGAGGAGACCGAGUGCCUGAAUUACUACAGUAUGUUGUCCCUUCAUGAGAUAUUCGAAAUCGUCGGCUCCCAGUUGACGGAAACUGACGUCGAGGUCCUGUCGUUCCUUUUGGACGAGACGUACCAUGGAACACAUCCCCUCGACCCAGCUGGCUGGACUCCCGAGGUCUGUCCCGAAAACCCCGAGGCUAGUGCAGGCGGUUCACCAAGUCCAAGGCUGCUGGAGGCCUGGCGUCGGCUACAGCCUCGGGGGUCCCCGUGCCCGGCUGCAGCUCGACACAAGCCGAAGAGCGGUUUAGACCUGCUGCUGGAACUUGAAAGGCGUGGGUACCUCAGCGAAGGAAACCUGGAACCACUGUUGCAGCUGCUGAGGGUACUCACGCGGCACGACCUCCUGCCUUUCGUCUCGCGCAAGAAAAGGAGGACAGUGUCCCCAGAUCGUUAUGCUGUGGAAUAUUUUGGCGAUGAUCGUAGAGGAAUAGGCUCAGCUGGACUGACGGACCCCAACGGACAGACUGAGGUUUCCCAGAGUCGGUUACCAGGGCAGUGGAGGGCAGGUGUUGACCCGUCCAGACCAGCACCCACCUCCACCCGGCGGAAACGGGGCCGUGGCCGCCGUUCGAGCGCGGCAGGUGGCGCCGCCUGCAGGAGGGCGCUGGAACUGCCGGUGGCCCCCGCCCUGGCCCAGCAGCAGGCCCAGCCGGCGCAGGAGAAAGUCACCUGCGACAUCCGGCUGCGGGUGCGGGCCGAGUACUCUGAGCACGAGUCGGCGCUGCGGGGGGGCGUGUCCUCGGACAAGCAGCAGCCGCUGGAGCGCCAGUUCGAGCUGUUCAGCCGGGCCAGCUCGGUGCUGCGGGCCCGCGACCUGGGCUCCAUCAUCUGCGACAUCAAGUUCUCCGAGCUGGGCAACCUGGACGCCUUCUGGGCCGACUACCUGAGCGGCGCCCUGCUGGAGGCGCUGAAGGGCGUCUUCAUCACCGACUCCCUCAAGCGGGCGGCGGGCCGCGAGGGCGUGCGGCUGCUGGUCAGCGUGGACCAGGACGACUACGAGGAGGGCCGCAGGCUGCUGCUGGGGAGCCAGGAUCGGGCCUGGUACUAGGCCGGGACCGGGUCCUGACCUGCUUGAGUUGAUUGGAGAACGAGGGACGAGAGUGAGGAGGAAGGAGGAGAACCUCAGUCUCUCCCGUGCUUUCUCCCUCCAUUCCGAAGGCCAGUCGCACACAGAAGCGCAGACGCACCGAACCUGAGAUGCAGACUAACUUGAUGAAAGACUGAACCUCUCCGUACGACCUGAGCUGGGACAGCGGCUGUGUGUCUCCCACUGCAGACUGACCCACACGCACGUACACGUGUACACACACACACACACAAUCACACACAC